CAGCUGUAAAAGGGAUGGUUCGUCCUUGCAUCUCUUUUGUUCUCCGUUUAAUCAGGCAGAACUCAAGGCCCGUAUUGCAUGACGUGUCCGGCUGCGGGACCCAGAAUCCUCUGCGCCGAGGCAAGAUGGAAGAACCCAGCAGCUGCGGGAGAACAAUGUUUUGGCUCUAGAUAUCGAAACGGACAGCUGAGGGUGAACUACACGAGCCGCAGCAGUAGGUCAUGGUCCUGCACCGGAUGACACUGAUUGCCACCUCGUAGUUUUCCUGCCUGCUGGCCUUCACCAUGAACAUCAUUCAAGACAAACUAGGCAAUGAAUUCCUGCGCUCCAAUGGGAGCAUGGAAUCCAGUUUUGCCCCUGGCAUGAUUAUGUUCAGUCACCUCCCCCCCGUGACCAGCUUCACCCGCCUGGCUGCACACUCCGUCAUGCAGGACCUUCCACCGCAAGAAAUGAUCCUGAAGAAAGAGCGUGACUCACCUGACUGCAGCAUGGACACCCAGGGGGGCACCCUGGGCUGUGCAGGGGUGGGCGAUUAUAUUCAUGCCAUGGGCAUCAAGCAGGAGAAGCUGUCCGAGCAUGAUUACCGCCUGCCACUCUACCCUGGAGGGCUGGGGAAGAGCACAGAGCUGCUGGAAGUGACAGUCGGUAACAACCAGAGUCUAGUGGUACAUGACCUCAGCAUGGACAGCCUGCCGAGUCAGUUAGGAAAGGAGCCCACUGGGAAAAAAGGUCGACGGUCAAACGGUGAUGGACAAGAGGGUAAACCAAGAAAGAAGAGAAGUGAGGGAAAGCAGCCAGUGUUGCUGGAUGCAGAUGGAGCCGGCCUGUCACCAGGAACUAAGCCUCACACCUGUGAGCACUGCACUGCAUCCUUCAGAAGCUCCUAUCACCUGCGCAGACAUGUCCUCAUUCACACAGGUGAAAGACCCUUCAGAUGCAGUCAGUGCAAUAUGAGUUUCAUUCAGAAGUAUCUUCUCCAGCGACAUGAGAAAAUCCACAGUGGGGAGAAGCCUUUCAGCUGUGACCAGUGUAACAUGCGUUUCAUUCAGAAGUACCACAUGGAGAGGCACAAGAGGACGCACAGCGGAGAAAAACCGUACAGGUGUGAGACCUGCCAACAGGCACUUGGUGCCCUUCAGUAUUUUUCUAGGACAGACCGACUGCUGAAGCACAAACGAACCUGUGGGGAAGCCACAAAGAAGGGGCUCGAUCCGGGGAUGAUGGACCUGGGUUGUGUCGACAUGGAACAUGGCGGUUAUGGAAUCACUCAGGGAAAUGCUGGGAGCACCGGGAGAAAGAGGGGGAAGUCCAAAAAUUCUGGAGAUGGAGGGGAGCACAAAAAGAAGAAGGGAGAUGGAGGGGUGAGGGUACCUCAUGUUCCUGGGGCUGUAUCUGGAGGCUACAGCAUCCAUGAAUACUCUGUGGAGAAUCAAACAGUGUCCUCUUCUACUGGGCCCAGCAUGCAACAGGGCCACCACGGACGAGCUCCAAAGAUUGCAUUCAAGAAGGCCAACCGUAAAAGCCUGGAUAAGGUGGGUGUGGGACAGGACAAAGCAGGUCCACUAGAGCAUGGUGGGGCAAUUGAUGGACUUGGCCUCAUGCAGGGUAACGGGGCUAAAGCCGGCACCAGCAGCAACUAUGACGAAGCCAUGCAGUUUCUGAAGAAGAGACGCUACCUUCAUGCAGCAAAUAGUACAAACUCAUCAGUGCCUGCAGUAACUGGAGCAUCCAGCAAUGAAUAUGAUGUUAAUGUUCACUUGUCUUCCCAGCCAUCUGUCAUCCAGGGUGUUAUUUCCAGUGUGAUGGAUAGCGACACACCUGUGAGUCUUGACAAGUCAGGGAUCCCAGAUGAGGUGCUGCAGAGCCUCCUCGACCACUACACCCAGAAACCCGACAGCUCACACCAUGAUAUGCACUUUGACAUCAGCGACCAGCAUGUGGAACUGAACCCCACAUCAGAUGAUGGUCCUGACAUCGGCCACAACCCCAACACCCCCAGCCCUUCAGGGGACAAGACCGUCAUGAUGAAUGAGUACUCCCGUUUUCUGCUGCAGGCUUUAGAGCGCACCAGCCACAGUUACAGCUUCACUCUGGGCCCUGGGCCCCCAGCCUCAGGACCGUUCACCAAUUCUCACCCAGGAAAUUCCCUCUAUGCUGACAAGAACAUCUACACUACGUUGCCACUGGAGUGUGGGUUUGGCCAGUCGGUGGCAUCGCCUUCGCUGCCGUCCUCUGUGCCAAAGUCUCACUUUGCGAUGCUGACAGGCUCCUCACCACAGCACAGCUUCCACCUGAGCAGCCUGGAGCCCUCCACACACCAGCAGCUCACCCCCUCUCAAGAGCUCACUGACCAGAUGGAGAAGCAGCACUCCUCCACCCCCACUUCCUCCUACCAGAUCAGCCCAUCUGACCUGAGCAGCCAGAAGAGCCAGCUGCCGGGCAAGAACGGCACAGUGGUCUACCCUCUGGCCCCCUCGCAGGAUCUGGCCUCUCUGGACUCCUCAAAGUCUUCCUACCAGAUAGAAAACUUUGCCCAAGCCUUUGGCUCCCAGUUCAAGACGGACAGCCGUGGCUUGUCCUAUGGAACUGACUCUAGCGGGGAGGUGGAUCACAGGAUACCAACACCUGUGUCUGAAUUCUCAGGGUAUAGUAGUUUGUUAUCAGAUGUCAAUGAGCCAGCAAGUAAAGGUUCCAAAACUCCGACAAGCCAAAGCUACAGAUGAGAGCCUGAGAGGGAGCGAACACUCUGUUGUUAAAGUUGGUGAUCUUAUUUAAAUUUUGUUUGCUCCUAUUUUAUAUUAAUUAUUAUUUUUUAAGUGACAUUUAUUUUAAUUAUACUGAUGCUGUGUUCUUGUGCCCACCUUUCUCAACAUUAAAGCCUGCAAGGCUUUCAGCAAAUGCUUUUUAAAAAUGUUUUUAAGUUAAAAAUGUUGACUUCUUGUCAUGUUAGUGACAUCAGCUGUGGUCAUUAAUCAUGAUCAGAAAAUAAAUACCUUUUAAAGCAAGUGUAGAGUAGGGCUGGAUGUAUGUCUUUU